UGUCAGUAAGCGCUUUCAGCUGAACACCGGGCUGCAGCCGGCGGGGCUCUGACAUCCGCACACCGACUCGGCGCAGGCAGGACGGGAUCACUGAGGAUACUUGAUAACUUCCAGGGUCUGCUAUGACAUCUCGCAGGUGGUUCCACCCCAACAUCACUGGAAUCGAGGCAGAGCAGCUCUUGUUGACCCGGGGAGUCCACGGCAGUUUCCUGGCCCGGCCGAGCAAGAGCAAUCCUGGGGAUUUUACCCUCUCUGUCAGGCGUAACGAUGAGGUGACCCACAUCAAGAUCCAGAACUCUGGAGACUACUAUGACCUGUACGGAGGCGAGAAGUUCGCCACGCUAGCCGAGCUCGUGCAGUAUUACACCGAGCAGCAGGACCUCCUGCGCGAGAGGAACGGCCAUGUCAUCGAGCUCAAGUAUCCGCUCAACUGCAAGGAUCCAACAUCCGAGAGGUGGUACCAUGGGCACCUCUCCGGGAGAGAUGCAGAAAAGCUGCUCACAGAAAAAGGCAAAGCUGGCAGCUUCCUGGUACGGGAGAGUCAGAGUAAACCUGGAGACUUUGUCCUGUCAGUUCUCACCAAUGAAGAGAAACACGACAACGUUGACCGCAAAACCAAAGUUACCCACGUUAUGAUCCGCUUCCAGGAAGGCAAGUAUGAUGUGGGAGGCGGUGAAAGGUUUGACACCUUGGCCGAUCUGGUGGAACACUACAAGAAGAACCCCAUGGUGGAAAAAAGUGGCAUUGUAGUACACCUCAAACAGCCUUUUAACGCCACAAGGAUCAAUGCUGCCAACAUUGAGAACCGAGUACGAGAACUCAACAAAGUAGCAGACAACUCAGAGAAGCCGAAACAAGGAUUCUGGGAGGAGUUUGAGGUGCUUCAGCAGCAAGAGUGCAAACUGCUGUAUCCCCGGAAAGAGGGCCAAAAGCCAGAAAACAAGAGUAAAAACAGAUACAAGAAUAUCCUCCCCUUUGACACGACACGAGUUGUGAUCAAAGACUCAGAAUCUGAUGUCCCUGGCUCAGACUACAUCAAUGCCAACUAUAUCAGAAAUAUGAAUGAAGACGGGCGCCAUGUGGAGGAGAGCAAAGUCUUCAUCGCCACCCAGGGAUGCCUGCAGAACACGGUGAUUGACUUCUGGAAGAUGGUGUAUCAGGAGAACGCGCACGUCAUCGUUAUGACCACCAAGGAGAUGGAGCGGGGAAGGAACAAGUGUGUCCGUUACUGGCCAGACCUCCAUGGCACCAAAGAGUUCGGGAAAGUGCUGCUGAGGAACGUGGAAGAGCGACCAGCGCAGGACUACGUCCUGAGGAAGCUGGAGGUGACGCGGCUGGACAGGAAAGAGCCUCAGAGGCACAUCUGGCACUAUCAGUAUCUGAGCUGGCCCGACCACGGGGUGCCUAAUGAGCCCGGUGGUGUCCUCUGGUUCCUGGAGGAAGUCAACCGCACACAGGGCACCAUCAAAGAAGCUGGACCCAUCAUUGUCCACUGCAGCGCAGGCAUCGGCAGGACCGGCACCAUCAUCGUCAUCGACAUCCUCAUUGACGUCAUUAACCGGCAAGGUCUGGACUGCGACAUCGACAUCCCCAAGACCAUCCAAAUGGUGCGGCAGCAGAGAUCCGGCAUGGUGCAAACGGAGGCGCAGUACAAGUUCAUCUACAUGGCGGUGCAGCAGUAUAUAGACACCGCUCAGAAAAGACUGGAGGAGGAGCAGAGGAAUAAAAUGAAGGAGAGAGAAUAUUCGAAUAUCAAGUACCCCCAGAUGACCAACUCCAGGUCUAAGCACAACAUGGCGUCCUCGCGGUCCUCCUCAGUAAUGACAAACGAUGAUUCUUCGAGCGUUUACGAGAAUAUCAACUUCCGCACCCCUCAGACGUCGUUCAGCAGCAACACCAGGAGAUAAAGUUGCCGCUGUGGACUGGCUCUUUCUCUCUUAUCUGCCUCUUGCUUCAGCAGAGGUGUUGCCUGGCCGGAGUCUGUAAAAUCCCUCAGGGGGGGGAGAGGAAUGCUGCGUUAAUGGACCCUGGCCUGGCCUGGAGGCGGUGAGCCGACUCCUCUCCUGCUGCCGUGCUGCUGGACCUCACCCUAUGUAACAGAGAGGAACCCACAGAGAGACCACCCCCACCCCCCCUCCUUUGUCCCAUGUAACACACCCUGACUCAACCAACUCAAGUGCCUUGUAACAGGAUGUGUCUGUAACCCACCGCCUCUCCUGCCCAGCUGUUUCGUCUCCUCCCUUGUUUCCUGGCACACCCUGGAGGCGGAGGCCGCCUUGCUGAACCGGCACCUGCUCGGUGUGACAAACAUCCAGCGCCGGGUCUGACUGGACGGACCUCCGCGGGACCCGGGUGGAGGUCAGAGCUCAGCUGUUUCCAGAAACCCUUCCUCCUCCGUCUUUGCCGGCCGCCAUGUUGAACUUGAACCUUGCACUGUUGUCCGACGCGCUGCGUCUCUCCAGCUGUGGGCUUUAUUAAUGUGGACGCGGGGGGAUGAAAAGGGGCCGCUUACGUAACCUGCUACAGGAUCCCCAGGCUCAGGAAGGGCCCGCAAGCCCACCCUUCUUAUUCUUCUAAAAGUACUGAUUAAAUUCUGCUUAUGCAAAUGAACUGGUGUUUUGAAAAAGUGACUGAACAUGCUGCCCCCCCACCCCACCCCUCCCCCACUGUUGUAAAUGCUAAUCAUGUGUUCUGCUUUUGUUCCUGGGUAUAGCGGGGUAGCUUUGCACAGAGAACUGGUGAUUUUAGGAAUGCGUGUCUCUGUCCCGUCUUGAUAUUUGAGCUGUGGUCCCUUUAAGAAACAAGUGAUUGAAGUAAGUGUUUAUUUUGUCCUUUCUCUCAUUAUUUUAUGACUUUAUUGUGUACGAUGGUGGUGUAAUGGCUGUGUAACAUGAUUAUGGAAUUGUUUAUUUUAAUAUAUCCAGGGCAUUUGUAGCGCGUCAAGCUUAAUAAGAUCAUUGUUUAGCACAUUUCUCCAACGUCAGAGCAGAUGUCUCCUGAAGUCCAUGUCUGACUGAAGAUCAGUGAGAGGGGAAAUUCUGAAUGGACCUUGCGAGUUGACCUGUGUCCUCGGUGAGCCGCCGGCCUGAUGUGGUUCAGCAUCUGUCAGGCGGGAUUGUCACAAGGAGACGAGGAAAGGGGGUGGGGGAUUGCAGUGGUCCAGAUGGCCAUCUGCCUGAGAUUAAAGAAUAGAUUUGUCUCCAAAAAGUAAUUUAGAAGACGGCUGUAAUCCAGGUUUGAUGACAGCCGGGCGAGUAAACUGACGUCACUUACGGGAUAAGCAGACUGGUGCCGUAGUGAGACGAGCCCUCUGUGUCUUCUGGCAGAUUGUUGGCUAUUUUUAACAUGCAGGAUCCAAAAUAACCUGUUUUUAUUAAGACCAGCGUAAACUCCUUGUUCAGCCACUAUCAUUAAAACAGUGUUGAGGUUCACCUAUGAGCUCGACAGCAGCCGUAAACUUACAGCCUUCAGCAUAUUUCUGUUGGGAUACCUCAGUCCAAGACCACACCUACACC